GCAGGAAUGACGAAUGCCUUUGAGCUGUCUUAUCUAGUCAGAGAUAAUGCAGGCCGCAAAAGAAAUGACUGUCAUUUGUCCCAAGGAGGUGUUAGGAUGAAGACGCAAUCGACCAGCCUUCGAGUGAAGUUACCUGUGUUUGUGUUUGUCACACAGGUGGUUAUAGUUGGCUUGUAUGCUGCCUUUGUCACAUACGAUGAGCAUGCGGACGCCAGAUUUCAGACCAACAGGACUAACCCCAUGGACAAUGCCUUGUACAGGGACUACCCUAUUUUUACAGACGUACAGGUCAUGAUAUUUCUCGGCUUUGGGUGCCUGUUGGCAUUUUUCCGGCUCUAUGGCUUUAGCGGGAUGGUUUUUAACUUCCUCACGGCUACUUUUGCCACCCAGUGGGCCAUUCUGGUGCAGGGGUACUUCCAGUUCAGUCAUGAUGGUAAGAUCCACCUCGGGGUGAUCAACAUCAUCAAUGCAGAGUUUGCCUGUGCUGUGGUGCUGAUAUCUUUUGGGGCAGUGCUGGGGAAGACGAGUCCGCUGCAGCUGCUGGUCAUGGCUCUGCUGGAGGUGCCAGUGUUUGCAGUCACAGAAUGGGCCGUGCUCAAGUAUCUGAGGAUCAACGACGCAGGGGGCUCCAUCCUCAUUCACAUCUUUGCUAGUUAUUUCGGCUUGGGCGUCACUUUUGUACUGUACAGGCCUCGACUAAAUGAAGGCCAUGCAAAGGAGAACACCAGCUACCAGUCUGACAUCUUGGCUCUGAUGGGGACCUUGUUCCUCUGGGUGUUUUGGCCCUCAUUCAACUCAGCGUUAACGCUGAAAGGAGACGACCAGCACAGAGCCAUCCUCCACACCUUCAUUGGCCUCAGCGCCUCCACGCUCACAGCCGUCGCUCUCUCCGCCAUGCUGAACAAGAACGGUAAGAUCACCAUGGCUGAUAUUCAGAACGUGACGCUGGCCGGAGGAGUGACAGUGGGAGCAUCUGUGGAUAUGAUGAUAACGCCUGCAGCUGCGUAUGCUCUGGGUAUGAUGGGCUGCACUGCAUGCAUGCUGGGUUACAAGUACUUGAGCCCCUUCCUGGCGCGGCGUCUCAGGAUCCAGGAUCAGUGUGGAAUACAUAAUUUGCACGGUCUAACAGGACUGAUAUCCUGUGCUGCAGGGAUAUGUGCUAUACUGAUGGCUAAUGAGGAGAAGUACGGCCCCAGUUUGUAUGAGAUCUUUACCCACAGAGCACCAGUGGAGGGUGACCCUAAGCUGCAAGAGCUCCAGUUGUUGAUCCCUGGUUUGCAGCCAGGGUUGGGGAGGACUGCUCGAGAACAGGCUCUCUUCCAGGUCGCAGCUCUGUUCUCCACUAUAGGAGCGUCAGCACUGGGAGGCGUCCUCACAGGCCUCGUGUUGAAGCUGCCAUUCCUCGCAGCACCAUCCGAUGACUUCUGCUUUGAUGAUGAGCUGUUUUUUGAUGUUCCUCCGGACUAUGAUUCACCACUUAAAUUCAGCACCACAGUCACUACAGAGGAUUCUACUGCCUGAUGUGCAGCCGCCAUGUGAGAUCAAUGCAUUUGACCGAGGAACAAAAUGUAAAUAAGCCUUUUUGUGUCUUUAUAUGUAAUGGGAAACCAUCACUCACAUGUGUCUUACAGUAACUUUUAAUUAAAUGUUCAUAUCCAUUACAUCAUAAAUAAUCAUGCCACUGCAGUGACACUAUUCAACACUGUCUAGUAGAACUAGAAAUGAUGGUUUUUAUAAUCCCACCUGCGAACAUUAAAGGAGAUUGAGUGCCAAUUUAUCAUAAGUUUUUGAUGUGAAAUAAAUACUUUUUUAACCUGUGUGCUUUCUUUCUUUUACUAGUAAUGGUGUCAGUAAAUUCAAGCUGUGAAGAGCAAGAACAGUCAACUAAAGCUCAGAUAAUUUCUUCAUCCUCAACAUGCAGCAUCUUGUUUCAAGGGACAUUAACAAACAAUUUUAAAAGAACUAAAAACAAUAAAAUGGAACCCUCUAUUACAAGCAACAUCUAUAUGAAACUAAUGAAAAAUGAAAUAAAUUCACAACUGUCAGACCAAACAAAGUUAUGUGAAUAGUACUGAGAAAUGAAACCUACCAGGGGUGUAAAUAUAGACAGUGCAGGCGGUGUGGUUGCACUGGGGCCCGAAAGUUGAGGAGGCCCAUAGAGAGAGUGGGGCCUCCAAAAAUGUGUUGGGUGGAG